AUGAGCCUGUCAUUCAGAAGAGCUUUAUCAGCAAGUCGUUAUUUUCUUCGUUCACAGCAUACUGAAAUAGGUGUUGUAGCUCACGAAAAAUUUGGUGAUGUUGAAAAUUAUCCUGGACACAUCAAAACCAGUUUCUUACAAAAAUGUCUCCUGAGUCUUGGGAGUGGGAUUGGCUGUCUGAUUAACCCAAGAAGAGCUGGUAACUGA